AUGAGCCUCUUGGAGGUUGUGCCAUGCGCGUUGUCGCUUAUCGCCGAGCCAAAAUCCGACGACCCCAUCCUCCGAUGCAACGAUGAAAUCAAUCUGCAAGACCUCCUCUUCAACCAUCACCAGAAGGCUCUCGAGCUCGCAAACAAAAAGCUACACGUGUUUCCCUUCAAGAAUGUACAAGAUCACUGGCGGCGACUCUAUACAGACGCGUCUAUUAUCAAGGCCUGCGUCAUCAUCGCAAAAUGCCACUUGAGCCCGGAUGCGACAUUCGAACGACUCGACGUUCCCCAACUGAUUGAAGAUAUCGAAAAAACUCGCCUCCGCCCUAAGAUCGUUAUAACUGCACCAUGGAUAUCGGAAGUUGUCGAAACCCUUGACAUGGCCAAAAUCAUGACUGGGGCUCCCCACCGCGAGGAUCUGAUCGAAUGUUUACUGGAGGCGUUGCGGUCAGCCACCUCACCACAAAAGCCAGAUCAAGAUAGCGAUAGCGAAAGGGAGAACUCGCGUUCCAAACGCAGGAAACUAUCGCCUCCCCUCUUCCCUCCCACUGCCUUCCCGAGUCCGCACCUCAAACACCCUAUUCCACGCGUGUCAGCGCCGUCCUUCGAUUUCAUCGAGCACCACAUCCAAGAGAUCCGGACACCGCUAGUCAUAACCGAUUCCAUCGACCACUGGCCCGCCAGAUCAACGCGCCCCUGGGCCUCGCGCGACUACUGGUGGAACCGCACGUUCGCAGGUCGCAGAUUAGUGCCCAUCGAGACGGGGAGAUCAUACACCGAUGAAGAAUGGGGUCAGAAGAUAGUCCCGUUUAGUCAAUUCGUGGACCAACAUCUUUGGCAGGGCAAUGUAGCCCCCACAGCCGCCAACGGAGACGAGCAUCAAGCCGAGCAUCGAAGCGCAGAGACGGCGUACAUGGCACAACAUGACUUGCUUUCGCAGAUUCCAAGCUUGCGAAGUGACAUCAGCGUCCCGGACUAUUGCUAUAUCACGCCGCCAGGCCCUGAGCCCGGAACACCGGUGUUUGAGAGUAAACAGCGUGCACUUUCAGAGGCACAGGCCAAGGCAAGCACAUCUGAGUCGAUUCCAUGCUUGCCAGGCCAAACGUCCAUCGAUCAGAGCGAAGACGAGAAUAACUCGGAAACGGAAUCUCUCAUUGGUCUUCCCAGUGAUCCGUUGAUCAACACCUGGAUUGGUCCCGCAUCUACUAUCUCUCCUCUCCACCACGACCCGUAUCAUAACAUCCUCGCGCAGGUCGUGGGCACAAAAUACAUUCGUUUAUAUUCGCCGCAUACCCCUGCGUCUAGAAUUCAUCCUCGGGGUUCAGAAGAGGUCACAUCUGAGGAUAUGACAGCUCAACCAGAUCCAGUAACCGGGGCCCGGCCAUUGAUCAGCCAUUCUAUUGACUCGUCAAACACCUCCAAAGUUGACCUAGCAGCGAUCGAGUUCUCUCCCGCCGAGAUCGAUGAAUGGGAGCAUAUGUGGCCUGGGUUUUUAGAUGCUGAAUAUGUGGAAACCGUUCUCCAUGAAGGCGAAUGUCUUUACAUCCCUGUUGGGUGGUGGCACUAUGUUCGUGGGCUGAGGGCUGGUAUCAGCGUUAGCUUCUGGUGGCAAUGA